ACGAAUUAUUCAUUUUUUGGCACGUCACGUGACUCGAUUCGCGAGGCGGCGGCCGCCACACCAAACCGCCCAGCAACAGCAGAAACGAGAAGAGGAGCCGCGCGAGAGGCACGCCUGUGUUGGAAGCAUGACUCCUUUCUUGACCGCCAUUUUCCUGCUGGGCCUUUCAUCCGGGGCCACCGCAGCCAACUUCAGUCCAGUCUUUGAGUGGAAUGAACUGGAUUUCAAUUGGCCGUCGGAGGCGAGCAGGACAACGGCCUUGAAAGAUGGAACUUUCAAACCAGAGAACAUUGAUCCUCGUUUCAUGGCUGUCCACGGAUCAAGGAUCUUCCUCAGCCUUGAUGAUACCUAUGGUGGCAUUCCGGUGACUUUGGGGUCUUUGCCGACGAGUGGUGCGUCCUCCGCACCCCCGAAGCUCACUCCAUUCCCUUCGUGGGACAUGCAUGGAAAAGAAGGAGACUGCGACAAAUUGGAAAGAACAAAAGGGCUGGAAGUGGACUCGGUUGGAAGGCUGUGGGUUCUGGACAGCGGUGGCGACGAUUGCUAUGCAAAAAUAUGGACCAUCGACCUGAACAACAACGAUCACACGAAAAUCAUUCACCGCUUUCCUGUUCGAAGAUUGAUGCAAGACUUGGUGCUCGACGAAACGCCCGACGGAACCUUUGCCUACAUCUCGCAGGGUAUUGAACAAAACGUCGUCGUGUUUAGUUUGGAAAGAAACCAAUCUUGGAUUGUGAAAACGCCAGAAAUAGAGGUUUUUUCCAUUGCCUUGUCCCCUAAAAAGGAUCAGGAACCGAGACAGCUGUACCUUAGCAAAUGGUACUCGAAAGAACUGUAUUCAAUUUCCGUUGCCGCACUUCGCAACGGAGCUGGAACCGAAAAUCCAAGACUAAUCGGAAAAUGGACUGCAGACCCGUAUAGAAUGCUGCUGAACAACCAGGGAACCAUGUUUACCGCCCUUUUGAGGCAGAAUUACAUAUCCUCGUGGAACACUUCCCAGCCAUUUGCCGAGCAGCGUUUUCAUGAGGUCGCUGGACUGAAUUCUGGUUUGCCGUUUACUUUUGCCUUGGACCAAAGUGGAACUCUUUGGAUGACGGUGUUUGAUAACAAAAAGAAGCCAAGAUACAGGCUUUUGAAGGCGGCAGUCAGUGAACAAUCCCUGAUGGCCUCGCCAGAAUAGAUGCUGCAAAUGCUGCGGAAUAUGGCGUCAAAGGAAGAAAACUGAUCGACUCGAGCGUAUUCUUCGUUUUUCUCUUAGCCGUGGCUAUUUUGUAGUUUUACUAGAAGGCUUAUAAUUAUUGUCAGUUCAAAUAAAGGGGACUUUAAUAAUUUUUAGAGUA